AUGGUCGAUACCGCCGAAGGUGCAGGCACUUCAGCCCUGGUCAACGGCGGUAUUCCCGUGGGUGAGCAUCCCGGAGUCGGCAGGUGUGCUGGCACGGUGCCGGUGCUGUGUCCAGCGGACACACCCGGGGCGCAGCAGCGUGCUUUCGCCACGGGUUUUCACGAAAGCGAGACGUCGGGCAGCCCCUCAGGAGACAGAGCUGCGAUGAAUGAGACGGAUUUGGACCGGAUCAUGGCAGCGGGGCCAGCGCAACAGGAGAGCUUCAGCAAGUCACCCGGCACGCGCGGUGCCCCCGACCGGAAAGGGUAUUCUGGAGGCAAAGCCAGGGCUGGGCCAGCGUCGCAUCCCCUGCAUCUUUCCGCAGGUUCUGGAUCCCACAGCAAGACAGCUCAGAGCUUCGCGCAGACACCUCGACUUCCUGCGAAAACCGUGUACAAGAGCUGGCCAGCGAUGGGCAGCCCCGUGUACAACAGCAGGACCGUGCCAGGAGAGGGCGAUGCGCUUCAAGAUGGACAUGAUGGGCUGCAUCUGACCUCAGCAUUGCCCAAGGCCAGCAAAGGCCCGGCCUUUGUACAUCCACUUGGAUCGCGACCUCCUAGACUCCUAGCUUUUUUUCGUAGUACCGUGCAGUCUGACUGUGACCUUCCUGACAGGUCGUGCAGGUCGCAUUGUACGGCGUGCGCAGGAGCUUCCUGGCAGGAGGUUUGGCCGUGA